AAAAAAAGUCCCAAUCCUGAAUGCAGAGUUUGCAUCCUUGAAGGAAGCUGCUGCAAGCUUUUAGCCCCCCCUCCCCAAAUGUCCCAGUGACUUUGCCUUCAAAGCUGGCUUUUCCCCCCCCCCCUCCGUUUUCUAGUCUUUUGGCAAAAGGAGGCAGAGGGAGCGGCAGUCCCCAACCAGCUUGGUAAAUGAGUAUGGAAGAUUAUGACUUUCUCUUCAAAAUAGUUUUAAUCGGGAACGCUGGUGUGGGGAAGACCUGCUUAGUGCGACGGUUCACACAGGGACUUUUCCCACCAGGCCAAGGAGCCACCAUCGGGGUUGACUUUAUGAUUAAGACGGUGGAGAUAAAUGGUGAGAAAGUAAAGCUGCAGAUUUGGGACACAGCGGGACAAGAAAGAUUUCGUUCCAUUACGCAGAGCUAUUAUCGCAGUGCCAACGCGUUAAUCCUGACCUAUGACAUCACCUGCGAAGAGUCCUUCAGAUGCCUUUCCGAAUGGCUACGGGAAAUUGAGCAAUAUGCCAGCAAUAAGGUCAUCACCGUCCUAGUUGGAAACAAGAUUGAUUUAUCCGAUAAGCGAGAAGUCUCCCAACAGAGAGCUGAAGAGUUUUCCCAAGCCCAGGAUAUGUACUAUCUGGAGACGUCGGCAAAAGAAUCCGAUAACGUGGAAAAACUCUUUUUGGACUUGGCUUGUCGGCUGAUCAGCGAAGCGAGGCAGAACACGCUGCUAAACAAUGUGGAGUCUCCCUUGCCGGGCGAAGGGAAAAAUAUCAGUUAUUUGACUUGUUGCAAUUUUAACUGAUUGCAUUUGAACCUCAAGAGUUAUGACUGCUCCUUCUACAGGCCUCUCUCAGGAGGCAAAGGCUGCUAUGACCCGGUCUGACUGGUGGAGAUAGUCAGACACCCGAUCACGAAGCAUGCCAGGCUAACCAUUUGUCUGCAGGGUCAGCCUAGAAUAUAAUCCUUUCCCCCCCCCUCUUUUUAACACAUGUCUCACCCCGGAGUCCCAAAAUUUGGAGGAGAUUAAGAUUCAAAAAGGUGCUAGGUAUCGGCUGGUCAGGUCAUGGUUUUCACUUCUGUGGAAGCAUCUGGGAUCUUUUCCCUUGGAAAUUUAGGAUGAAUUGUGCCUGCCUUUUACAUCUUUACAGAAGGAAAUCGAGAGGCGCGUUAGAAAAUGGCUGUGGGUUGCCGGCUAAGUUGACAACGCUUGUAUAUAAACCAGGACCCAGAGUGCCAUUUUGUUACGGCACAAACUCCACCGAGCGUGCGUGUUGCGCGCGUAUGUGAUUUUUUUUCUUUAAAAAACAAACAAACCCCUAAGUAUUAACGCAUCUGUGUUCUGGGAUUUUGAUAAAAGUGGAAGUUAAAAAGGGAUAAGUUGGUCGUUUGCAAUCAGCAGGUCUUGAAGUUGGACGGCUGCCCUUUGCCCUUUUGGUUCUUGAAUCCCCGAAGCUAAAUUUCCUCGGUGGUCAGCUUACUCUCUUCUCCAGUCAGAAGGUGUGUCCUUGGAAAGGUGUUGAUCGUAAAUAUAGCAGCCUUUUGGUUAGUUCAUGCCCACGGGGCGCUGCUCCUUCCGAGACCAAUGAUAUGAAUUUAAAAGCUGGCCACUAGUCAUCCCUGCACCUCUGAUCAAGUUAAAGCGUUCCAAAACUUUCUCAAAAUCAGCAUUGUUUUAACCGUUUUGCCAUAUGGUGGGGCUUCCAAAAACCCACUUUGUUUCUUGCAGGAAAGAGCUGGUGAAGUAUUGUUCAUACCGCUUCACCGGUCUUGGAUUUAGGCCAAAAUAGCUUCUUUGUGAGGAAUUGCUGGAUCCUGGAGGUCUGGAUUUCAGAUGCGGUUGUUUUUGAGAGAAUGCUGCAGCGCUGAGGCCGGGGGCUACACCUGUGCACAAAUGUCAUAUGUGGGGUGUGCUCUGUUGUUGAUGCCUUUGAGGAAUGGGGCAUGGAUGUCCCCCGUUUGUCCAGUCUUGAAAGGAGUUGUUGAACUUAGCAGGUAGACCUCAUGGCUGAAUUCUGCUUUGAACUAGAACACUAGCACCAGCUCUGGAAUUUGCUGUCUUAUUGGAAAAGCCGUGUACAAUUUCAAAAUGUUUUUUAUAUAUAUAUAUAUAUAUAUACACACACACACACACACACAUGUAUGUAUGUAUGUAUGUAUGUAUGUAUGUAUGUAUGUAUGUAUGUAGGGGAUGCGGUGGCUCAGGGGCUAAGACAGCUGAGCUUGUUGAUCGAAAGGUCGGCAGCUCAGCGGUUCGAAUCCCUAGUGCUGCCGUGUAACGGGGUGAGCUCCCGUUACUUGUCCUAGCUUCUGCCAACCUAGCAGUUUCAAAAGCACGUAAAAAUGCAAGUAGAAAAAAUAGGGACCACCUUUGGUGGGAAGGUAACAGCGUUCUGUGCGUCUUUGGCAUUGAGUCAUGCCGGCCACAUGACCAUGGAGACGUCUUCGGACGGCGCUGGCUCUUCGGCUUUGAAACGGAGAUGAGCACCGCCCCCUAGAAUUGGUAACGACUAGCACGUAUGUGCGAGGGGAACCUUUACCUUUACAUAUACAUAUACAUAUAUAUAUAUAUAUAUAUAUAUAUACACACACACACACAUACAUACACACACACACACAGUUGAGAUGGGAGGAGAGCAAAAAUAAGCACGUUCCAAAUCUUUUAGACGGCUUUAUCGAAGCUGCGAUCAUCUUGCAGAAUACGUAGCUCUGCAAAGCAAUUUCAAAAGGCAGAAACGGAAGCCCACUUCUCAAAGUCACUUGGAGAUAUUUGUUUGUUUGCUGUACUUGGGCUUAAUUGCGCGUGCUUGUGUGCGUAACACCAAGGAAGAGUGUGCAGGCAAUACCCUUGAACCAAAGCCUCGGUGCUGGAAGGACGAUACACACAAAAGUCUCACCGUACGAGUUUGCAAAUUCAGCACGCCAACGUCGAAUUGCAAGGAGUCAACACAAAUUUCCUUAUCGGUGCUUCACUUGUAUACCUUUGGAGAGAGACAGACAAACUAUGUGGAAGGCAAUGGACUCACAACGGGUUAUUAAGAUAUUAGCAUUACACGGCUGGCUGUUCUGUAUUUAGCAUCCCUUAAUUUGGGUAAUUGGGAGAAGCAAAUAAGGUUUUGGUAUGACAUUCAAUGAAGAGGUGGUUCUAUCCAAUGGGCACAUCAGCCUCCAGUAAAAGCAGUGGUAUCGUAAAUUCAAGAGGACCGGCUAGUACAGGAUGUUUUGGGGGGGAUAGAGUUGUGCUCGAACUACGACUGAUGUCCCCUUUCGCAUUAAAAUGAAGCUGCUAAAAUUUUAGCCUUUUUGAGAAUAAAGCUGACCUUUUAAAAGUU